GGGGCGGCGCGUGCGGCCUGGGUGUGGGUUCUGCGGCCGCCUCUCCCUUCUCUCGUGCCCAGCAUCUCUCCUCCCCACCGUACUGACAGCCGGGGACCGCCGCGGGGCGGGGGAUGCCGGGCUGCCGCAUCAGCGCCUGUGGCCCAGGGGCCCAGGAAGGGACGGCAGAACCGGGGUCCCCCCCGCCGCCACCCCGGGAGCCCCUGCCGUCCCUCCAGCCCCCGCCUCCAUCGCCGACCUCGACCCCGACACCCACUCAGUCACCGCCCUUGCGCGAGGCGGCGGAGACACCCGCAGAGGGGCAGGAGCUGCAGCGCUGGCGCCAGGGUGCUAGUGGGGGUCCGGAGGGCGCGGGCCCGGCGGGAGGCUCGGGCGGGGGUGCGGGUGCGGCGGCAGGGGCGGGGGGCCGCGCUCUGGAGCUGGCCGAAGCGCGGCGGCGACUGCUGGAAGUGGAGGGCCACCGGCGCCUGGUGUCGGAGCUGGAGAGCCGGGUGCUGCAGCUGCACCGAGUCUUCUUGGCUGCCGAGCUGCGCCUGGCGCACCGCGCCGAGAGCCUGAGUCGCCUGAGCGGCGGCGUGGCCCAGGCCGAGCUCUACCUGGCGGCGCACGGGUCGCGUCUCAAGAAGGGUGCGCGCCGCGGCCGCCGGGGUCGUCCUCCCGCGCUGCUGGCCUCGGCGCUGGGCCUGGGGAGCUGCGUACCCUGGGGUGCCGGGCGGCUGCGGCGCGGCCACUGCCCCGAGCCCGACUCGCCCUUCCGCCGCAGCCCGCCCCGCGGCCCCGCCUCCCCGCAGCGCUGACCUCAGAACCCGCGACCCCUGGGCUCCGGAGACAGGCGGAAGGACAGACGGACGGACGGGUCCGAGUGCUGGCUAGAUGGACGGCGUCAUCUCUGCGGAGGAGACAGGCGGGGGCCCGGGGGCCCUGAAAAUGAGACUAAGCUCCUUGGAGCCUCCACUUUAUGGGUCUGGACUUCUGCAUUCCACUCCUCUGGACACCGCCCUCAGGAAGACUUCCAGGAUUGACUGUACCCAGUCUCAGCACCCUCCUCCCAGGAGCCCUUCCAGUGGCAAGGGACUGGGGCCUGGGAACUUGCUAUACUCUGAAUUGUUGCUUUCCAUACACUGCGUUUAACUUUGCUUAUGCAGGGACCUGAGAUGCUGUCAAUUAGCAGAAUGCAGCAAACAUGGCCAGUGUGACCACGAGAAGGGUUUCCUUUAAAGAUAGACUCCUCAUUCUUAAACCGCAGGUCACAGUGUAGCUGGAGCCCCCGUCACCGCAGGUCACAGUGUAGCUGGAGCCCCCGUCACCGCAGGUCACAGUGUAGCUGGAGCCCCCGUCACCGCAGGUCACAGUGUAGCUGGAGCCCCCGUCACCGCAGGUCACAGUGUAGCUGGAGCCCCCGUCACCGCAGGUCACAGUGUAGCUGGAGCCCCCCGUCACCGCAGGUCACAGUGUAGCUGGAGCCCCCGUCACCGCAGGUCACAGUGUAGCUGGAGCCCCCGUCACUGCAGGUCACAGUGUAGCUGGAGCCCCCAUCACUGCAGGUCACAGUGUAGCUGGAGUCCCUACUGUCACUUCUACUAUUUGAGGCAAAUCACUGGUGUAGAAAACGCCUAUUUUCCUUCAGCCACUGUCCUUGUCCUCCCCAUGUGAGUGAGGACAUCCCUGUGGCUCCUUGCAGACAAUCAGCUGCUGCCUCCUAGGGGGACACCUCUUUCUUAGGAUGAGGGGGUGGCAACAUCAAACUUCCGAGCCAAGUUCGAUGCACAGGGGAAAUCCAUUUCUUUACGACAAGGGAAGGAGGCACAUGUACUCACACACCGCCCGGAACUUAGAGGCUUCUGUAUAUCGACUCGGUCCCCAACUAUAUACACACGGGAAGAAUAAAACUCAGUAAUGCGA